AAUUAUAUUUUGUCUACUUAGGAGCGUUGAAAUUUUGUCCUUUGAAUUGUUCAUAUACUGCAUUUUUAUUAUCAUGUCGUUGAAAGUUUUGUUCGCCUGCGGUUAUAUACAAAAUGGAAGUCGACGAGCAAGGCGCGACAGCGGGAGCUGAAGAAGGUACAUCCAGGGGGGUGAUGGCAGCCCCUGGAACAGCGGGGAGUGUAACAGUCCAGUUGCACCCCCUGGUCAUCAUGAACGUUUCUGAACACUGGACCCGUAUCCGGGCUCAGGAGGGCAAGGCUGUACAAGUUCUGGGAGCCUUGCUGGGGAAGCAGUCAGGAAGGAACCUUGAGAUCUGUAACUCCUUUGAGCUGAUGUUUGACACCAUCGAUGGGGACAUCAUCAUCGACAGGGACUACUUUAGCACCAAGGAGGAGCAAUUUCGCCAGGUGUUUAAAGAGCUGGACUUUCUCGGCUGGUACACCACGGGGGGAGAUCCUUCUGAAGCUGAUAGGAAAGUGCAUAGACAGGUUUGUGAGAUAAAUGAAAGCCCCAUCCUGCUGAAACUCAACCCCAUGGCUCGACACACAGACCUCCCAGUCAGUAUAUACGAGUCAGUGAUCGACCUGGUGAAAGGCGAGGCGACCAUGUUGUUUGUGGAGCUGCAGUACACGCUGGCUACGGAGGAGGCUGAGCGGAUAGGGGUGGACCAUGUGGCCAGGAUGUCCAACGCUGACACCUCCGAUAGCUCAACAGUUGCUGAACACCUAGUUGCCCAGCACAAUGCCAUUAAGAUGUUACACUGUCGAGUCAAGAUCAUCUUGGAGUACAUCAAAGAUGUCCAAAGAGGAGCGGUACCACGUAACCACGAGAUCAUGCGUGAAGCGUACAGCCUGUGUCACCGACUACCUGUACUGGACACACCCAACUUCACGGGAGACUUCUUUAAUCAAUGUAAUGAUGUGAGCCUGAUGGCCUAUCUGGGCGCCAUCACUAAAGGCUGCAACACCAUCAACCAGUUCAUCAACAAGUUCAGCCUUCUGUACGACAGACCAGGCAUGGGGCGGCGCAUGAGGGGGCUGUUCUUCUGAGGUGGUACGGCAGGAUGCGCCAGAGGGGGGGUCAGAUAUUGCUACAGUCCCAUUGUACGGGGUGUAGUCCCGGGCGGGCUCAGAAGCCAUACAUUUGUCCCGUGGGACCGCCAGAUACUGAGGGUACUUCUCAUUGCUUUCACUAUUAGCUGACAGCAUCUAUUUGUGGUUGGGUCCCGGUUUAGUUUUAACUGGGAAUUAAAAGCAUCCAGGGGCCUGGCCAUGCCU